AUGUCAAACUUAGUCAAGGUAUUAAUUAGACGUCGACGUGAUGUCGUGCUCAGUACUUGGAAUGACCUGGAUACGGGCGGAGGCUGCAUCAGGGGUGCGGCGAAUCGAUGUGUUGCCAUGGCGACCGCGACGUCUGCCGAGAAGCCUGCGCUCUACUGUCCCUUUCUGUCUCGCCUCGAUAUCAUAUCAUACAACGCUGAAGAGAAAAAAGGCAAAACUUCGACUGAAAACACACGAAAACCUACUUUAAGUGAUCGGAAA